UCCUGUCCGUUUGUCGCCUCCGGGACUCCGUACCUCCUGAAGGAGCAACACCUUAUCCUCCAGAGAGUUCAAACGCUUGCACGCGCGGCGCCUCCAUGCGUUUCACGGAGCAGGUUAGCUCGCGCUGUGAAUUACCAUGGUGACACACCCGCCUGCAUAAAAGCCUCCGUGCACACAUCUCACUUUGAGAGUCCGGAUUUUACAAGGUCGGAAACGGCUCAAUGGCUCUGAACUCCUCUGGAGACCACCGGACCGUCUCUGCCUUCACCUCCAAACUGACCCCAGCGGCUGACAUAUGUGUGGGACUGGUCAUCCUCUCCGUCGUUCUGCUCUCUGUUCUGGGCAAUGGGCUGGUUCUGGUGCUUUGUUACCGCAGGAGGAAGAAGAUGGUGGGCUCAGAGCUGCUGUGCGUCAACCUGGCCGUGGUCGACUUCCUCUGCUGCAUCUGCUUCUACCCGCUCUCCAUCCUGUCCUCUUUCCACCAUUGUUGGCUGGGAGAAAACAUCACAUGUGUUUACUACGGCCUCGGCUGCUACAUCUUUGGCCUGUGUGGCAUGUUCACCAUCGCUGCCAUCAGCAUAAUCCGCUACCUGAAGACUUGCCACAGAUUGGUUUAUGCUGUGUGGCUGAAAGGAGCUAACAUCAAGAUAGCGUGCUGUUCCACCUGGCUCAUCGCUGCUGUGUGGUCCAGCUUCCCUCUGUUUGGCUGGGGCGAGUACGUCCCUGAGCCGUACGGACUGUCCUGCACCGUCGCCUGGAGAGGUUAUCAUACCUCAGCCAAGGAUGCCUUCUACGUCAUCUGCUCCUUCGCCCUCUUCACAAUGGUUCCUAUCCUCCUCAUCGUGGUGUCCCAGUGUCAGAUCCUCUACGAGGUGUCUCGCUUCUCCCACUUGCUGUCUGCGAGACACAUCCGCAACAACCGGCGAUACGCUGAAAAACAACUGUCCGUGAUGUUUUUCUGCAUCAGCCUGGGUUUUAUAAUUGCCUGGGCGCCGUACACUAUUGUGUCCUUCCUCUUCAUUUUCCACAAGGGGAGCCAGUACAUGGCUCCUGAGGGCUUUGUGUUCCCCGCCCUCUUCGCCAAAAGCUCCCACAUCUACAACCCGUUCAUCUACUUUUACUUUAACAAGCCUUUCCAAAAGGAGCUUCGCUGCAUGCUCCUCUCUCUCUGGCCCAGGUUGGGAGGAAACCAAGUGGGCGUCGACAUUGCCGAAGUCCACCAAUAUCCCAUCCACAUUCAGCUCCAGGAAAGAGGCUGCGUCCAAAAGAAGAAUGUUGAUUUAUCUCGGGUCAUAACUCACAGCAAGAGCAAGAGAAGGGCAAAGGCAAAGAAAAAGACAAAGAAUCGCACCCCAACAGCAACCAUGUCCUGAGCAGGCCGGUGUAUGCAUGCUGAAAACAUCAACUAGGACGGGAACUGUUCAGAACACAGUCCCAUUGGCCUUUGCACAAAAUGUUGUUUUGUUUUGUAAAAUGUUGUUUUGUUUUGUGAAAUGUUUUGUUUUGUGAAAUGUUGUUUUAUUUU